AGCUUGGGAACGGUUGCUAGGGGUGGGUAAUGGGUGAAAAAAGGGGGGCUCCGGGGAGCGGAUAAGGAGGGGUAAGGGAGGGGGCGCGGGUGGGGAGCAAUGUAAAGGUAAGGCCAGGUUACCGCGGCUCGGCCCUGAGUGGGCUGCGACCGGGGGAGGGGCGAGAGAUACAUAUGUAUUUCUGUCUCCCUAGCACACCCCCUUCCCUCUAAGCGAUGGCUGAGAGGCGGUGCAUGCAGAUGGGGAGUAAGUUUCCUGAAGGGGAGGGUGGAUGCACGCGCGCAGCCCCGCGCUGCAAAUUUCCACCGGGGAGGGAGAGUGGCUGGAUGCGGAGAGUUUGGAGUUGCUUGCGGCGGAGGGGAGGAAGGGGAUCAGGGCCGGGAAAGGGGGCUGGCGGGCGCUAUAUCUGGGAGUAAGUUUCCAGGAUCGGGAGAGCCUGCACGCUUGCUCGCUACUCUGCUGGCCCCCCAUCUCACCCCCCAAGCGGAGACUGGUCUUGUCGGAUUGCCCAUGCACUUGUUGCAGAAGCAGCCAAGGCCCUGGCUGUCCCGGAUGCUAAAGGAGGAAGACACAGAAGCAAGACGACCUUGAGAGAUUAAGCCUCUUGACCUGAAACAGAACCAGGUCUCCUCUGCCCACCUGCCCAGCAGCAUGAGAACAGCAUGACUGGCCAGCCACAGGAGAAGCCCUCAGAGCCCCAACUCACCCAUCUGCUGCAGAGGUCAAGGUGUGAGCAGCAGUUCUUCACCGCGGUGGUGUUUGGUCCGGACCCCAGCCCGGGUGAGGAUGUAAGAGGCGCCGCCCUGCACAUGCGCGGUACAAGCCGACAGGAACACCUGGGCCCAGCCACGCUCACAGACAUGUCAGCCGUGGAAUAGUGUGGACGCUUUCUCUCAGCUUCUCAGGGUUUCAGUCCUUCUGGAUUUGUUUCAUUUACCUUUUUAUAUGGUUUUGUGGCUGGACGUUCACCACCAAGGCAGGCAUCAUGGGGGAUCAGCAGCUAUACAAGACCAACCACGUGACCCACGGUGGUGAGAACCUUUUCUACCAACAGCCACCACUCGGCAUCCACAGUGGGCUGAACCACAACUAUGGGAAUACAGUCACGGGGGCUGGGAUGGAUGCCUCUCAGGCAUCACCCAUCUCCCCCCACUUCCCUCAAGAUACUCGGGAUGGUCUAGGCUUGCCUGUUGGCUCCAAAAACCUUGGCCAAGUGGAUACCUCCAGGCAGGGAGGGUGGGGUGGCCAUGCAGGGCCUGGAAACCAUGUUCAGCUACGUGGCAACCUGAGCAACUCAAAUAUGAUGUGGGGGACACCGAGCCAAGCUGAGCCCACUGAUGGCUACCAGUAUACCUACUCCCAGGCUAGUGAGAUCCGGACCCAGAAGCUCACCAGUGGUGUUCUGCACAAACUAGACUCUUUCACCCAGGUGUUUGCCAACCAAAAUCUGCGAAUUCAGGUCAACAAUAUGGCCCAGGUGCUGCACACCCAGUCAGCAGUGAUGGAUGGAGCUUCUGACAGUGCCCUCCGCCAGCUGCUAUCCCAGAAGCCCAUGGAGCCGCCGGCAUCGGCCAUACCUUCCCGCUACCAGCAGGUGCCGCAGCAGCCUCACCCUGGUUUCACCGGGGGGCUGUCCAAACCAGCUCUUCAGGUCGGGCAGCACCCUAGCCAAGGACACCUGUAUUAUGACUACCAGCAGCCACUGGCUCAGAUGCCAGUGCAGGGAGGGCAGACACUGCAGCCCCCACAGAUGCUGUCCCAGCACAUGCAGCAGGUGCAGCAGCACCAGUAUUACCCACAGCAGCAACAGCAGCAAGCUGGCCAGCAGCGGAUGUCCAUGCAAGAAAUGCAGCAGCAACAGCUUCGCCCACCACAGCCGCAGCAGCAGCAACAGCAGCAGCAGCAGCAGCAGCAGCAACUUCAGCUGCAGCAGCGGCAGGGUUCCAUGCAGAUACCUCAGUAUUACCAGUCCCAACCCAUGAUGCAGCACUUACAAGAGCAGCAGCAGCAACAGAUGCACCUACAGCCCCCUUCAUAUCACAGGGACCCCCACCAGUACACUCCGGAGCAGGCCCACGCUGUCCAGCUGAUUCAGCUGGGCUCCAUGCCCCAGUACUACUACCAGGAGUCCCAGCAGCCCUACGGCCACUCCCUCUACCAGCAGAGCCACCUGCCCCAGCACCAGCAGCGUGAGGACAGUCAGCCCAAGACCUACCCGAGUGAUAGACAGAGCCAGGCCAUGCUGAGCUCCCAUGGGGACCUGGGGCCUCCUGACACAGGAAUGGCAGACCCAGCAAGCUUGGACCUGAACCGGGCCAGCAGUGCCCUACCCCAUCGGCCACUCCUGUCCCCCAGUGGGAUCCACCUCAACAACAUGGGGCCUCAGCACCAGCAGCUGUCUCCCGGUGCCAUGUGGCCCCAGAUGCACCUACCUGAUGACAGAGCCCGGCCAGGGUCCCCUGAGUCAAGUGGCCAACCGAAAGGCGUGUUUGGGGAGCAGUUUGACGCCAAGAACAAGCUGACGUGCUCCAUCUGCCUGAAGGAGUUCAAGAGCCUGCCUGCCCUGAACGGCCACAUGCGAUCACACGGGGGGAUGAGGGCUUCCCCCAGCCUCAAACAGGAGGAAGGAGAGAAGGCCCCGCCACCUCAGCCCCAGCCGCCACUGCCGCCUCCGCCGCCACCGCCACCGCCACCGCACCUCCCUCCCGAGGCUGAAAGCCUCACGCCUAUGGUCAUGCCCGUGUCUGUCCCUGUCAAGCUUCUCCCGCCCAAGCCCAGCUCUCAGGGCUUCGCCAACAGCGUCGCUGCCGCCCCCUCCACCAGAGACAAGCCAGCCAGCUCGAUGUCGGACGACGAGAUGCCCGUGCUCGAAAUCCCCAGGAAACAUCAGCCCGGCGGCGUUGCCAAGGCUGAGGAAACCCUGAAGACCUUACCCGAGAAGGAGAAGAAAAAGUUCCGGCACCGACCUGAGCCGCUCUUCAUCCCGCCACCGCCCUCCUACAACCCGAACCCCACCGCCUCGUACUCGGGCGCCACCCUGUACCAGAGUCAGCUGCGCUCCCCGCGCAUCCUGGGGGACCACCUGCUCCUGGACGGUGCCCACGAGCUGCCCCCCUACACGCCCCCGCCCAUGCUGAGCCCAGUGCGCCAGGGCUCAGGGCUCUUUAGCAACGUCCUCAUCUCCGGGCACGGCCCUGGCGCCCACGCCCAGCUGCCCCUCACGCCGCUGACGCCCACCCCGCGAGUGCUGCUGUGUCGCUCCAACAGCAUCGAUGGCAGCAACGUGACAGUCACCCCAGGGCCUGGAGAGCAGACCAUUGAUGUUGAACCACGCAUCAACAUUGGCUUGCGGUUCCAAGCAGAGAUCCCAGAACUCCAGGAUGUCUCUGCCCUGGCCCAGGACACACACAAGGCCACACUGGUAUGGAAACCCUGGCCAGAGCUGGAAAACCACGACCUCCAGCAAAGAGUGGAGAAUCUCCUGAAUUUGUGCUGUUCAAGUGCAUUACCAGGUGGAGGGACCAAUUCUGAAUUUGCUUUGCACUCUCUCUUUGAGGCCAAAGGUGAUGUGAUGGCUGCUCUGGAAAUGCUGCUGCUGCGGAAGCCAGUCAGGUUAAAAUGUCAUCCUUUAGCAAAUUACCACUAUGCCGGUUCGGACAAAUGGACCUCCCUAGAAAGAAAACUGUUUAAUAAAGCACUGGCCACUUACAGCAAAGACUUUAUUUUUGUACAGAAGAUGGUGAAGUCUAAGACGGUGGCACAGUGCGUGGAAUACUACUACACGUGGAAAAAAAUCAUGCGGUUAGGGCGGAAACACCGGACACGCCUCGCGGAAAUCAUUGACGAUUGUGUGACAAGUGAAGAAGAAGAAGAGUUAGAGGAGGAGGAGGAGGACCCUGAAGAAGAUAGAAAAUCCACUAGAGAAGAGGAGAGUGAAGUGCCGAAGUCCCCAGAGCCUCCCCCAGGGCCUGUCCUGGCUCCCACCGAAGGGCCGCCCCUGCAGGCCCUCUGCCAGCCCUCAGGCUCCUUCAUCUGUGAAAUGCCCAACUGCGGGGCUGUGUUCAGCUCCCGACAGGCACUGAACGGCCAUGCCCGUAUCCACGGUGGCACCAACCAGGUGACCAAAGCCCGAGGUGUUGUGCCCUCUGGGAAGCAGAAGCCCGGUAGUGCCCAGAGCGGGUACUGCUCCGUGAAGAGCUCACCCUCACACAGCACCACCAGUGGCGAAACAGACCCCACCACCAUCUUCCCCUGCAAGGAGUGUGGCAAAGUCUUCUUCAAGAUCAAAAGCCGAAAUGCACACAUGAAGACUCACCGGCAGCAGGAGGAACAGCAGAGGCAGAAGGCCCAGAAGGCAGCCUUUGCUGCCGAGAUGGCAGCCACAAUCGAGAGGACUACGGGGCCGGUGGGGCCACCUGGGCUGCUGCCCCUGGACCAGCUGAAUCUGAUCAAACCCAUCAAGGACGUGGACAUCCUCGAUGACGACGUUGUCCAGCAGUUAGGAGGCGUCAUGGAAGGGGCCGAGGUCGUGGACACCGAUCUCCUCUUGGAUGAUCAAGAUUCAGUCUUGCUUCGGGGUGACACAGAACUCUAAAGCCCUGUUUGUCCUUAGAGACAGCAAAAACCCACAACCUCCAUCUUCAUUAAUCAGGAAACCGGACUGCCUGCUUGUUUGUAUUCAUUUUAAACUACCUGUUUAAAAAAUGGUCAUUUUAUUCAGGUUUAGAAAAAAUUUCCAGUUCUUUUCCUUUUAUUUAAAAAAGAAAUGUUUUUGCGGGAGGUUAGGGGGAAUAAAUAAUUGGCACAACUCUUAUUUAAGAGGUGUUUCAUCUGGGCUACAUUCCCAUGAAAUCAUUCCUGGCAGGGAAUGAAUCGAGGCUCAUGUUCCUUUGCUUUCAGAUGUCAGCCAUCCUGGUUGCCUUUUAUCCCGAAGCUUCUAUGAGUGUGUGUAUGUGUUUGUGUGUCUGAAGCAGGCUACCCUCUUCAUGCUGGGGUCUUAGGCCAUCCUUUGCACCCAGAGGUAUUUUUGUUCUGUUCUGACCUCACUCGGCAAUUUGCAGUGAACUUAGUAUCUUGGCCAACGGUUCGCUUUCCUGGAGCAAAGCAGACUCCUGUGUUCCACGGCUUUCCUCAAGCACACGUGUCGAAGGCUGACCAAAUGUGAAAAUAAGGUUUCUCCCUGCCUUGCCCAUCACUCAUUGGCCUGUUUCUAGGAACUAAGUACUGUAUAAUUUCAGGUUUUCACUCCCAGGCAGUGAUUUGCUAAGCACCCGCCCAUGAUUCCUGGGGGCUGGUUGGUUCCCAUUCAUUCAGUGCUAAGAUUUGCGGGACGGACUGGGACCGUCUGGAGGAACGUCAUCCAAACUGUUAGGCUGCCAGAGCUGUUUUUAGGAAGGGCCAUCAGGGCGCACACAUUCAAGUACUUGGAAUGCCAAACAGUGUUCUUUUUUUGCCCCAAAACUAGAUUAGGAGUUCUGAAAAAUUACUCUGCCACAUGGAAAAACUGUGAAACCUCGCUCACCGGGAUUUUGCUGUAAUUCACCUAUGCUGGACCAAAGUUUACCUUGACGCUAACUAUGUGGGAAAGGGUUAUUACCUAAUACAUCUGACAGCAAUUCAAGGCAAAUAACAUUCAAGGCAACAAAAAUGGUUUCAGAUACUGCUUUAGCUCCAUGUUUGCAUUCAAACCACAAACGUAUUCAUGAAAGUCAUUUUCCAAAGCACUUCUAGAAUUCUCCAAGCCACAUAACUUUGUCUCUCCCUGCUCCCAUCAGCAGGGAUGUUGUUGGUGCUUGAAGGUAAUAAAGCUGUCAUUCUGCAAAAAUGACAUAAAGUUCAGGCUUUUGAGCUCUGUCAGAUUGACCCAUCCCACUAUGAGUGCAAGUGAGUGAGUGUGGCCUUUAGACAGGGCCCUGGCCCAGCAGAGGGGCGGCCACUUCUGGUCAGUACCCAUAAGCACCAAAUUAUUGUGACUUCCGAAGCAGGGCAUUCAGGACUCUCUCCCCAAGCAGCCUUGUUUCUCAGCUCCAUGUCAUGGUGGCGAUCAUACGGGGUCAUUUGCGGGCAUGCAGGUAGCUUGACAUUAGAAAGAAUGUCAGCGGGAACCUGAGGAUAGGACCAGAGCACCUUUUAAGCUUGAUUGAAAAAACAUUCAGCAUACAUUCAUGGCCCACAGAGGCCUCACAUAAACAGUGUUUUCUGAAUCUCAGGAAAGUCAUGGACAGAAGAUAAACACAAGCGUUCUUUUUAUUUCCACCCUGUUUUCAGAAAAGAGGUCUUGGAAGUUUACUUUAAUCUCUUCUUUAGGGGGGAAAAAAAUGCUUCUUUUGCUGCCAUUUAAGAACAGUUUAUUGUGUCCUGGGCAGCGUGUAUCAGCUUCAUGACAGAACUAUUCCAGAACAUUCCAACUGAUCCUGUGCCUCCAAGUUACUGCUUCCCUCCAUGUGUGGGAUCUGAGAGUGCUUCUGGAAUACUUCUGCUGUUGGGUCUAUGAAAGCUUAUUAUCAAAGAAGCAAAUACCCAGAAAAAUGUUUGUGAAGCAAAUUUAUUCCUCUGUUUGGAGACUUUCCCAGCCAUGCUAGUUUUAAACUUUAGGAAUAAACUGAGUUGCCAAGGCAAAGCUAUAAUGCACAAUCGAUUUUCCAUGCAGUAUAGUAUGAGCAUCUUUGACUAGGAAGUAACCAAAGAACUCCUCCAUAAUGAGACAGUUCAAAUUUCCGAAUUCUAUUUCUUGAUAAUAUCAACUUAAAGAAUUGACUUCAUCGUAAAAGAUUGCACUUCAGUUUUCUCUGAAAUGAUUCUGCCUGCAUGUGUGUGUUGUGUUUUAGCUCCCAGCCUCCCUACCCCAAAGAGCUUUUCUCCCCAAUGGUUAAUGUCUUCAACUCGGUUACUGUUUACUACCAGAUGGUUUUUCAUUAGUGAAUUUAGACCUCUUUGAGAAAGCUUGUAUAUAAAAAGUUAACAGAUAUAUUUUAUGGAAAAACCCAUCUUAUUUUCAAAUAUAUUUAACUGCUGUUAUAUUUUA